AUCUCUCCCGCUGACCCCUUACAAUGUCUCUAUCCCUCGUCUCAAACUCAUAUCUCGACGAGACAUCCGCGAAGAUUCGCUCAAAGCCGGUACCAUGGGAGGCUUACCAGCGUGCCGGAUUGGUGACACCCGAUGAGCUCGCGCUCAUUAAGAAAGUUGACAGACAACCGAGGUCAAAGACAGAGUCACUAUUGCAAUCAGACGGUCAGACGUAUGCGCGCCUGUACCUUGGCCUUCUCAAGAAACUCAACCGGGUGGACACAAUGCAGUGGAUCCUAGUGCUUAUUACUGACGCACUUGCAGAUCAUGAUGAGCGUAUACAACUGUUCACUAAGGCUGCUGAGAAGGAUCCAGAGCUGCCAUAUGGUCCGUUAUUACGGUCGUUGGACAGCCAAGACGAGUUCCUUCAGCUGAAGACCGCUCAAAUUCUAACUGUUUUGCUAAGUUCCGAAUCUUCCCCUAUUCAACCGCAACAUCUCCAACCAUUCUUGGAAGUCCUCUCCGGACUGAUGCAAUCUUAUUCGUCGAACAAGAGAGAUGCUGCUGUACAAUGCCUUGAAGCUUUACUUCCUAGAACAGAAGUUCGCAGAGCAGUCUGGGCGCACUCUAAGAUUAUCAUUGGCCUACGUGAUAUCUUGCAGAACAAACCUGGAGCUCAGAUGAGCUACCAAGUUUGCUUUUGCUUCUGGCUUCUGACGUUUGAGCAAGAAAUCUCGGAAAAUAUCAACAAGAAAUACGAUAUUAUUCCUCUUCUGACAGAUGUAGCGCAGGGUGCGGUGAAAGAGAAGGUUAUUCGAGUAAUUGUUGCUACGUUCCGAAAUCUGGUCACGAAGGCUCCUUCUCAAAACUUGCCGUCAAUGCUUGUUGCUCAGCUCCUUCCCUUCGCAAAGAGUUUAUGCGGGCGAAAAUGGACGGAUGAGGAUAUCGUAGAGGAUGUCCAAUUCCUGCGUGACGAGCUUAAAGCUAGAUUUGACAGCUUAACGACGUGGGAAGAAUACACGGCUGAACUCGCCUCUGGCCACCUUCAAUGGUCGCCAGUGCACGAGUCUGAUUCGUUCUGGCAAGAGAAUGCCUCAAAGCUCUGCGAUCAAGAUUAUGCUCAGCUCAAACUUCUUGUCAAGUUGUUGAACGACUCCUCGGAUCCGACCGUAUUGGCAGUAGCAGCGCAUGAUCUCGGGCAAUUCGUCAAGUAUUGCGAUCGAGGAAAGAAGGCCGUGGCGGACCUCGGAGCGAAGACGCGGGUAAUGCAGUUGAUGACACAUGAGAAUGCGGACGUGCGAUACCGAUCGCUGAUAUCCGUCCAGCGGCUUCUCAGUCAGCCUUGGAGAGCUGGCUGAGCGUGCUAACACUUUCUGAGCCGAGGUGGAUUCUUGUACUAUAAUACCCUUGAAUGAAUUCAAUUGUCUAGGGUUAUCAAGAAUUUGAGGGUGUCUUGUUUAACGAAUCAUU